ACAUUCUCCAAGUCAAGGCUAUCAGUAGGAUUUCCUAUCGUUUCACCCAAGUUAUAGGGAUGGAAUUGAAUGGCCAGAAAGAAUAGAAACUGAGAAAUAAGCAACAUAUUUAGCAAGACUAAGUGCUUACGGGAGUUACGCAAGAAGGAGUGGAGUGGAACUCGACAAGUAACAGCUUUGGAAGCAAUAAUUAUGGUUUUGAUUCCUAUAGUCAAGUAAUAGUACUCAUAUAUAUAUAUUCUUUCUUACGGAUUCUAUUAGGCAUUGGCAUCAGAUCUUUCAAACUGAAACUAUACUUAAAGAAUCGAUAACACCUCGAACUGGAACUAGCUAUUCUUAUGCAAAAACUCCUGACUCAACAAGCAGGGGAACUAGACUAGCACCCGAACACUCCAAUAAGAAUAAGGUGCUAUAGCCGUUGCCCUUUUUUCGAAAGCUGUUGUGCGGAGCUACAUCUGAACUGAACUACCUCUUGAUUCUCUUCUCCACCCGUCGAUUAGGAUGAAAUAAGAACAGGAACAGGUCAUUCUGAUGCUUACCUGACAAGCGCUUUAACCUUAACCUCUCUCGCCCUCUUGCAAAUACGGAUCCUGUCCUGAUCUAGCUGAUUCUGUUGUAACUGUCUACUUGACUUACCGCUUCAAAGCAAAGGCCAGUUCCGUUUAUUAUGCCCCGAACUAAACUACACUUACCACAAAACGAAAAUCAAGCACUGGGGGAAAUCCUUCGACCAUGGAAUUGAAGAAUGGUGUGGAAGGGGCAUACUCGGUCGGUUACCCCUAUCCAGCACAUAUAUAGCUCAUAUAUGGAAUUUCAUCAUAGGGUACACAUAUUGCACAUCUAGAUUAAUAUUCAAAGGGAUUCUCGCCUAUGUGGUCAAGUAAGAAAACAAGAACAUAUGAUUGAAGUGCAAAGAAAGGGAUAGGGGAGUUAUGGUCUUGGCUUAGAGAUGCUGUAUCAAUAUCCGGAGUAGAGCAACAGUUCCUAAUUUAGAGUAGUAGUAGCUUGUCGACUUGCCCAGUAGCUUGGCGGGGCUUAGAGGUACCUUGGCCCUCCUUUAUCUCGUCAAUUCUUUGAAUAGUUGGGGCUCCGGGCAUUCUCUUCCGAAAGACCAACCAAUAGGAUAAUGCAGGAGAGAACAGAACGGGGCCGGCCGUAAGGGUGCAAAUGUCGUGGCUAAAUGAUAUAAUAUUGCACUUUCAGAAGUGAGUUUGUCUUUUGCUUAUCUAUUUUAUGUCACUACUAUUUUCUUUCAUUUAUUAUUCUUCAUUAUGGGGAUUCCUCACAGUCCGCCACUACCUUCCGACGACCCGGUUCCAAUCAAAUGGUUUCAUCAAUGCGUCUUUAUUAGCUUAGCCCAGACACUCAUCCAUCCGAUCAAGGGGAUUUGACAAUAACCGUAAACUCGAAUCUCACAAGAAGGGAGUGAAGGAAAAGAGCGGACUUUGGAUAAACAGAGUCAAGGUCAGUGAUAGUUUGAUAGAAAGAGACCAUGAAAGGAAAACUAGAAGAAUCGUAAGUACCAAAAGGUAGGGAAUAUCUGUCGAUCAGAUGCUAAGAAGGCUUACACUGGUUCUAUGUAACGCCAUGCCCAUUCAAGGUUUGAAUAGUUACGGCCGACCCUAUGUGAUCGAUUGAAGUUGAUACGAGGUCGCGAGUAGAGCAGAUCGCUUUUCUCCCAUAAGGAGAUGGAGAACAAAUCCCACCCGACUGUACAGAUCAGUAGAAACUAAUCCCUUUAGUAGGGCAGGACUGCGCGCGCACCUUUCCUUUCUAAAGCCUUUGCUUGUGACAUUGAAUCUAGUGCACAUCAACUUUUCAAAUAGACAUAAGGUAUAAGGUAAACUAACAGAAUAAAGUCAACUCACUCGAAACUCUAAACUAGAAUAACUCAUCAUAGCAUAGGAAGUCCAUAAAGCCUUUAACAAGCUCGUAGUACCCCCGCAGCCUAAUAAAGACAGUUAGUAAUCUACUCGACCAGGUUAGGCCUACAUCUUAACGGGUAAGGCUAAUCGUAUAAAGCAAGGAUGGAUAGAUACGCUAUUCUAUUAACCUUAAGUGCACAUGGUAUACAGUCCAACUUUAUGGUGGUACUCGUAUACGGCUCUCCCAUAUAAUUGGUAUGGUGUCGUAUUGUAUUAUAAGGAGAGUUCCAGAAGGUAGCUCCUUUAAGGAGAGUUCCAGAAGGUAGCUCCGUUCCAUGGUACUGUGAAGGUAUGCUUGUGUUCACACUCGCUGGCGGGCGGGGAGUUGCAAUGACUAACGCUAUACAUUCGACAAAGCAGCUUGUUCUCUUUAUUAACAUUCGACAAAGCAGCUUGAUUAACAUUCGACAAAGCAGCUUGUUCUCUUUAUUAGAAAGAAACCCCAUUUACCUAUCUCACUACGCUGGGGUUGAAUCGAAUCCAGGCCAGCCGAAUGAACGUGAUCCUGAGCCAGCAUCAAAUCUUCACUACAAGGCGUUACACGCUGGCAGUUCUUCUUUGAUGGGAGCUAGCUUAUCUUUAAGCUUCUUCCUUUGAUGCUGUAGUUUGGUGGGCGCACUACCGCUUUUAUGCCUCAGCCUCAGUUUGUUUGCUAGCAGGGUAUGCUCUUUCUUUUUCGUUUGUUUCGGAUAGAUAGUGUGCAGUGAGGGAUCGGGUAGCCAGUCAUGACUUUAAUCGGCGCAAGCUCUCUACUCCCAUGCCUUUCUUGGUCGGACCAACCCAACCAGUGAUUUCCUACAAGUCUUUAUGAAUUUAGAGAGCCAGAAGCGGAACAAAAAGAAAUGAUAUAUCUGAUUUUAUAGAAUUAUGGAUAACCAAUUCAUUUUGCAAUAUUGUUGGUAUAUCCUCCCCAAGAAAUGGGUAAAUCAAAUUCAAAGAUCAUCACAUGGGAAUAGAUCUUUAACCAAUACUGAUUCUCUAUUUCCAUUGUUGUGCUUUCUGAAAUGGCAUACCUAUACUAGGGUUCAAGUUUCGAUCGAUAUUUGUGGAGUUGAUCAUCCCUCUCGAAAACACAGAUUUGAAGUUGUCCAUAAUUUACUGAGUACUCGGUAUAACUCACGCAUUUGUGUACAAACAAGUGCAGACGAAGUCACACGAAUAUCUACGGUAGUCAGUCUAUUUCCAUCAGCCGGCUGGUGGGAGCGAGAAGUAUGGGAUAUGUCUGGUGUUUCUUCCAUCAAUCAUCCGGAUUUACGCCGUAUAUCAACAGAUCAUGGUUUCGAGGGGCAUCCUUUACGAAAAGACUUUCCUCUGAGUGGAUAUGUGGAAGUACGCUAUGAUGAUCCAGAGAAACGUGUGGUUUCUGAACCCAUUGAGAUGACCCAAGAAUAUCGCUAUUUCGAUUCCGCUAGUCCUUGGGAACAGUGUAGCGACAGAUAAUUAAUAAGAUACUUAGGUCUAGUCCUGGGGACAAAUCAAUAGGUCAUGAUAUUUGCUUCCUUCUCUCUUUCGUCAUCUUAGUCAAUGAUACGCUUAUGCUUUUUGGAUUGAGUUUCUUUAGAGUUAUAGCAGUGUUCAAUUUCUCUUUAGAGUUAUAGCAGUGUUCAAUUUCUCUUUAGAGUUCGCAGUGUUAUAUUCAUCUCUAUGACUUUGGAGUUUGCAGUGGUAUAUUCAUCUCUAUUAUCUCA